AUGACCAACCAUAACAACAACCACAACCCUAACAACAAUAAAAUCAUCCACCACCGCCUCCUCCCCUCACCCACCACAACCACCACCACCACCACCACCACCCGUUCUAACUCCACCAUCCAAGCCUGCGCCGCCUGCCGUUACCAACGCCGGAAAUGUGCCCCUGACUGCAUUCUCGCUCCUUACUUCCCUCAUGAUCGGCAACGUCAAUUCCAAAACGCUCAUAAACUCUUCGGUGUAAGCAACAUCACGAAGAUUAUUCGUCACCUGGAUCAACCACAGAAAGACGAAGCCAUGCGCACGGUUAUCUACCAAUCCGACGUUCGUGCUCAAGACCCUGUGGGUGGAUGCUACCGAAUCAUCCGGGAACUCCAUCGUCAAAUCGAGAUCUCACGAACCGAGCUUGAAAUCGUUCUUCAACAGCUCGCAUAUUUUCGGACACUUGCUGUGCAGAAUCACACACAAACCCAACCACAAUUUAAUCAUGAUCAGAUCCUUAUUGAUGAGGUCGAUUGCGAUAUUCAUCUCGUUAACAAUCCAGACGUCGACGCACAGUUGUGCGAUGAGUCUCAUUCUUCCGUCGAUCGUCUUCAUCGUCGAAAUAGUUUAGAUCUUGACCUAGGCAACAUACCUCUACAACAACAUGAACAAAAAGAUCACGAUCAAUUUGGUUCAGGGAAACAGGAUACUACUGGUUGGGGAGAUGAUAAUGUGGUGGUGCCGGUCCAAUCAUGGGCCGCCGUAGAUGAUUCGCCACCGUCGUCUGGCAAUUGCUUCGAUGUCAAGCCUCAACCGUUUCAGACCUUACAUGCUUCAGUAUGUGAUGAUUUCAAAUCGCUUCUGCUCAAUGAUAUACCACAUGAAGAAAAAUUCCAAUUCAAAGAGACAAACGAACCAAGUGAUGAGAGUUUAUUCAACGAAGAAAAUCACAAAGCUUUAAUUAAAGAAGAGAAUGUUUCUUAUCAAUACCACAAUGAAGAUCAUGAGGUUACACUCAAAGAUUGUAAAGCUACUCAUAUUGAGGGAGAAUAAAUUUAGAUAAAAGUAUGACCAUUUGAGAACCAAUUCUUUAAUUCUUGUACCCGUGCGAUGCAACGGCGACAAUUACAAAGGGAUGAAUAGUUUUUUCAAUGAUUAGUUUCUCUUUGGUGGUUGCUUUAAAUAAUUUCUUUCCGGAAGCAUGUUAUGUUAAAAUAUGCAAUGUGUUGACAAAUACCACUUACCAUUAAUCGACAUGUACAAAUUAUUAUAACAGGC